AUGUCUAAAAUAAGAUGGAAAAUACACACCCUUCUGCUUAUCACCGCCUUCCUGCUGUCCGCAUGUCACGCCCAAAUCGAUUAUUUCUCAUCUAUGUCCGGCUUGGAAAAUCUACUAAGAACUGAGGAAUAUUUAUUACAGAGCUUCCGGGAAUAUGUGCGAGCGAGUAAGCAUCAAUUGCAGACCCUUGAGAGUGAAUUGCAUCGCAUUGAAAUGGAAUAUGCGCAGGCAUCACGCAAUACUGAAAAUUAUUUAACCAAUCCUGUGAAUGUCUAUCGGCUAAUGAAACGUCUAACCAACGACUGGACAAUAUAUGAAGAGCGCGUGCAAACCGAUGAGGCGGCAAAGACAUUCCUGCGGCAAAUGGCUGAGUACCGAGAAACAUUAAGUUUUCCCAGUGAAGAGGACUUCAAGGCGUCCGCAGCUGCUUUGGCCCGAUUACAGGAAACCUAUCAUCUGGAUACAGAACAAAUAGCUGGAGGUUUCUUAAAUGGUGUUAAGUACGGAACUAGCAUGACAUGGCAAGAUUGCUUUGUGUUAGGCAAACAAUUGUUCCAUUUAGAGGAGUAUAAUCACACAAAAAUGUGGCUGAAAGAAUCCAUGCAACGGCUUUAUCGCGAACCAUACUACAAAGAUCCACACACAUUCGAAUACGUGGAGGAUGUGGCGAAGAAUCUGCUCAGUUUAGGUGACUUGGAGACAGCACUGAAACUCUCCGACGAUAUCUUGAGGCUAGAUCCCACUCGGCAAACUGCAUCAUAUGUAAAAAACACUAUACUUAGUCCGAUCGCUGAGCUAAAGCCAACGCUGACCACAAAUCCCUCUUUCUACCAUCAAACUGAGGAAUUUGAAACCUACAAGAAAGUAUGUCGCGGUGAAAUCACUCCCACACCCGCGCAAUUACGCCCACUUCGGUGUCGCUACGAAAGCAAUAAUCAUCCUUAUCGUCUU